GUGUCUGAAUCUUCAUUUUUCCUCCAUUUUUCUCCACUUUUCCACUGUCUGUGUCUGUGUUUUCUUUCUCUCCAAACAUGCUUCUCAAAGCUGCUUCAACUCUCUCUCUGCUUAACCUUCAUGCUGCUUCCGAUUCUUAUCUUUCUUGGCCUUCGUCGUCUUUGAGCUCUGGCCUUUCGUCUUCUCCGAUUCUUCCUGUUUCGCCGGCGAUCGGCCGAAGUGGAUUCGUGGUGUUAGCAUCCAAGGGUGCGAAUAACCGGCCGCUCACUGGCGUGGUGUUCGAGCCGUUCGAGGAAGUGAAGAAGGAACUGCUUCUUGUGCCGACUGUUCCUCAAGAAUCUCUCAGUCGUCAUAAGUACACUAACGACUGUGAAUCUGCAAUCAACGAGCAGAUCAAUGUGGAAUAUAAUGUUUCCUAUGCGUACCAUGCUAUGUAUGCCUACUUCGAUAGGGACAACGUUGCUCUCAAGGGUCUUGCCAAUUUUUUCAAGGAAUCUAGUCUGGAAGAGAGAGAGCACGCCGAGAAACUGAUGGAAUACCAGAACAAGCGAGGUGGGAAAGUGAAGUUGCAAUCUAUUUUGAUGCCCCAUUCUGAGUUUGACCAUCCGGAGAAGGGAGAUGCCUUGCAUGCAAUGGAGCUUGCAUUGUCACUGGAGAAGCUAACAAAUGAAAAACUACUGCACUUGCACAGCAUUGCUGACCGAAGCAAUGAUCCUCAGCUGGCUGAUUUCAUAGAAAGCGAGUUCUUAAUUGAGCAGGUGGAAGCCAUUAAAAAGAUCUCUGAAUAUGUUGCUCAGCUGAGAAGGGUGGGCAAAGGACAUGGAGUCUGGCACUUCGACCAAAUGCUUCUCAAUGGAGCAGUUGUUGCUGCGUGAUGAUGCAUUCGAAUUCAGUCUUGUCUCCUUCUGGGACGCCUUUCAGAGGAUGCAAUUCCGUUGUCUUCCCUUUAGCUAGUCAUUUUGAGGUUUUGGAUGUGUGGGUUAUUGCAGAUUUUGUGUCUGAUAGGUGAAAUUUGCAUAUGCUAUAUCUGAGACUAGGUCUGUGGUCUUAAUCUAUAAUAAUAGUUAUUUAAUACUUUUCAGUAUCAGUUGGUUAUCAAUCAACAUGGGUUACUUGGUUAUUCCAAGGAAGCCCCUAUCC